AUGUGUCAAGCUCAGCACGUAGCCGCCAUCACGCGGGCUCUGUGUCGGCGCAAGAUGCCGCUGAGCGGCGUGGCGGGCCGGCGCAGGGCUGUGCGGUGCCAGUCGACCGUCGCCGCGGCGCCCCACGCGGCCAAAUCAGCGCCAGUUCAGUCUGCCUACGUCCACCUACCCUUCUGCAAGCGCGUCUGCCACUACUGCGACUUCCCAGUGCACGCCGUCGGCAAGAACCCAACAGCUGAGCACACGCAACAUAAGAUCCGAGACUACGUCGAGCUGGUUCGACGCGAGAUCGAACUCACCGAAAACGAGGGGUCCGGGCCGCUUCGAACGAUCUUUUUCGGGGGAGGAACGCCGUCGCUGGUGCCACCUCCCCUCCUCGCGUCAAUCAUCGACACGUUGCGCGCGCGGUACGGCAUCGCGGACGGCGCGGAGAUCGCCAUGGAGGCCGACCCCGGCACGUUCGACCAGCAGCGCAUGGAGGCGUACCUCGCAGCGGGCGUCAAUCGCGUAACGAUGGGUGUGCAGUCCUUCAACGACGCACAGCUGGAGAAGUGCGGCCGCACGCACCGCACCGCGGAGGUCUUCGCGGCGAUCGACGCCGUCAAGGCCGCGGGCGUCCCGUCCUGGGGCCUCGACCUCAUGUCCGGCCUCCCGGGCCAGACGCUGGCCACGUACCAGGAGGGGCUGCGGCGCGCCGUCGACGCGGGGGCGCACCACAUCUCGUGCUACGACCUCCAGGUCGAGGACGGCACGCCGUUCGCGCGGUGGUACGAGCCGGGGGUCGCUCCGCUGCCGGACGAGCCGUCGGCGGCCGACAUGUUUUGCGCUGCGUCGCGCGUGCUGACAGCGGCGGGGUACGAGCACUACGAGGUGUCGAACUUCGCGCUCCCGGGGCACCGCUGCCGGCACAACUGGGCGUACUGGUCCGGCGCGGCGUUCCUCGGCGUCGGCGUCGGCGCGACGAGCUUCCUGCGCCGCCGCCGCGUCGCGCGCCCGCGGACCAUCCCGGCCUACGAGCGGUGGGUGGAGGAGUUCGCCGCGUCGGGCGGGGGCGUUCCCGGGCUGCGGGACGUGCCGCCGGAGGACGACGCAGAGAUGCUGCUCGACGCCGUCAUGCUGCGGCUGCGCACCGCAGACGGCCUCGACUUGGACGAGGUCGGGCGCGAAUAUGGGGAGGACGCGAAAGGGCGCAUCUGGAGCGCGCUGGCGCCGCACGUCGCGGAGGGCCGCGUCGUCGCGGAGGGCUCCUCGGGGCCCGUGCCGGCGGUGGCGCGCCUGACAUCCCCGGGGGGGUUCCUGGUCUCGAACGACGUCAUCGCGGACGUGUUCGCCGCGCUCGGCGACGUCUCGUGCGCGCCGGCGGUGUGA